AAAUUAUUACAAAAAAUUGUUAUUAUUAAGAAACUUUAUUAAUUUAAAAAUUAUUAUGCAUCAACAACAAAAUAGAAAAGCAAACAAAGUAGAAAUUAAAAAGAGUAUUCGUAAGAAAAUCUUGAAGAAGAAUCAAACGAAAAUCAAAUUUCACUCUAUAAGUUUAAACAAUUAAUCAUCUUAUCAGAUUAAAUUAAUGAAAAAGCAAGGAAAAAUUAAAGGUAAAAUAUAAAAAAGAGAACCUAUUGCUUUCGAAUGUUUGAUUUGUUCUUCAUCAUACAAACACAAUCUUGAUGAUUUAAAUAGCAAUUAUUAAAAUUAAAUAUGUUUCCAUUUUAGAAAAAAAAUAUGCCCUAAUUGUUUAGAUUAGUGGAUGUCUUAGCAAAUAUAAGAUUAAGGCUCUCUUAAUUAUAAUGCACUUAAAAUAAAAUGUCCUAUUAAUACAUGCAAUUAAUUGUUUUUAUUUAAUCUUUUCAAAUAAGUUUUUAAUAUGAAAAUAUUUCCCAUAACUACUCAAUAACUUUUAAACCAUUACUGUAGAUAAUAAUAUGAUAUUGUUAGUUGUCCAAAUUCCACUUGCAGCUAUAGAGGAAUAGUUAAUAAUUAAAAAUGCACUGAGCCUUUUCAAUGCAGUUUAUGCUAGCAUUAAUGGAGUGAGCAUUCAUAAAAUAGUUUUAAAAAUUUGAAAGAGCUUAAAAGCAACUUAUACAAAUACUUUUUCACAAAAAAUUGCCCAACAUGCAAUGCACAUAUUUAAAAAAAUGGAGGAUGUAACAAUAUGACAUGUAGGAAAUGUUAAACAGGUUUUUGCUGGCUAUGUUUGAAUCCUCAUGGUAAGCACCCUGCCUCGUGUGGUAUUAAAUAAGCAGCAAAAUGCUUACUUUUAUAUACUCCUGUGAUAUACUUUUAUAAAAAGUUCUAAUUCUUGAAGCUUUUAAAAAAUUACAAUCCAAUCAAAAAAUGUGAAAAAUGGUAUGAUUUCCUAUUGUAUCCUUUCAAAUGUGUUGGAGUUGGAUUCAGAUUCGGUACUUAUUAUGCCUUUUGUAUCUCUUCUUUCUUUUUAGCUUACACUGCAGGUUUAUCUUUAUUAAGAAUGUCCAGCGCAAUAAUAUUAAAAAUUUAGAAUACUAUUAAUUCUUAUCAUGGAAAACCUUAAAUAGUACAGUAAAUUAAUGUACCGAGAUAAUAGUUUAGAUAAUAAAGCACUUUGAAUAUUGCAACAGCUGGCUGUUUAGUUUCUGGAUUAAUAUCCUAUUAUUAUGGAAACAAAACUGAAUAUAAAAUAUUUCUUGGAGUAAAUUUUCUCUAUCUCUCAUUUAUCUCUUCAAUAAUUGUAGGAACAUCAAUUUGAAAUAUUUGCUAAAUUAUGCUAAAAAUAUUAUAAAUUUCUUAACUCUCAUAUUUUAUAAACUUAUCUAAUUAUUUUUACUUAUAAAUAAUCUAAUGUUUUAUCAUUGUUUGUUUUAAUAAAUCCAAAUUUAUUAUUAAAUAAAGUAAUAGUUA